UACCUCAGGUGAUCCACCUGCCUCAGUCUCCCAAAGUGCUGGGAUUACAGGUGCAGGCCGCCGCACCCGGCCUCACAUUGUUGCUCUGCCACCAGCAUCCAUCCGCAGGAGCUCUCUUCAUCUUGCAAAACUGAAACUCUGUUCCUACUGAGGAAGCAUUCUCCUUCCCUCCCAGCCCCCCAGGCCCUGGCAGCCACCAUCUUUCUGACAGAAAGUACUGUCUGUCUCUGAAUUUGCCUGUUGCAGGUUACUCGUAGACGUUGAAUCAUAUGUCUCCUGACAUCGACAACCACCAUGCACUCAUCGAAUAUAACGAGGCGGAGUGCAGCUUUGUUCUCCAGGACUUCAAUUCCCGCAACGGCACGUUUGUCAACGAGUGCCACAUUCAGAACGUGGCUGUGAAGCUCAUCCCUGGAGACAUCCUGAGAUUUGGGUCUGCAGGGCUGACCUAUGAACUGGUCGUUGAAAACCCACCUCCGGUCUCCUACCCAUGGAUGAGGGGCCCAGCACCAUGGCCAGGGCCACAGCCACCUCGUGCCACACAGCAGCCGAACCAGGCCCCCCCGCCGCCACAUAUCCCCUUCCACCAAGGCAUCCAGCCAGCACCGGUGCAAAGGAGCUGGUCCCAGGGCUUCCCCAGACCCACUGUGGUCCUGCCGGCCUCCCACCGGCGGCCUGUGAGCGCCAGCAAGGAGAUGUUCUCGUUCGUGGUGGAGGACGCCCGCAAGCCCCCUGUCAUCAAGCAAGUGUGGACCAAUGCCGUGAAACUGUCGGAAAAACCACUGGCCGAGGGGAUUCCUGGGGCAGUUCCCCCCGCGGAGAUUUAUGUGGAGGAGGACUUGGCCCAGCAGGACAAGGAUGAAAUAAUUCUGCUGCUGGGAAAAGAGGUCAGCCGUCUCUCAGAUUAUGAAAUUGAAUCCAAAUACAAAGACGUCAUAAUAGCAAACCUGCAGAAGGAAGUGGCUGAGCUGAGUCAGAAGCUGUCGGAGACCACCACCUCCAGGCAGAAUGAGAGGGAGAUCUCACAGAAGUGUCAGGUUCUGGAUGAAGACAUCGAUGCCAAACAGAAAGAGAUCCAGAGCUUGAAGAGCCAGAUCAGUGCCCUGCAGAAAGGGUACAGCCAGGUGCUGUGCCAGACCCUGUCGGAGCGGAACUCAGAAAUCACAUCCCUGAAGAACGAGGGCAAGAACUUAAAGAGGGACAACGCUAUCGCAUCAGGGAUGGUGUCAUCUUUGCAAAAAGACAUGUUAGCAAAGGAUGAGCAAGUUCAAGAACUAAAGGAAAAAGUCAAUCAACUAAAAAGUCAGAACAAAGACAAGGACCACCAGCUGGAAGCCCUUGGUUCUAGAUGCUCGGUGCUAAAGGAAGAGUUAAAACAGGAAGACGCUCACAGGGAGCUCAGGGAAGCCCAGGAGAAAGAGUUAAAACUCUGCAAAACUCAAAUCCAAGACAUGGAGAAAGAAAUGAAGAAGCUCAGGGCAGAGCUGAGGAAGAGUUGUACUGAACAAAGCGUGAUCUCUAGGACUCUGAGAGAAAAGAGCAAGGUUGAAGAGAAGCUUCAGGAGGAUUCCAGAAGGAAAUUGCUUCAGCUGCAAGAAAUGGGGAACAGAGAGAGCCUCAUUAAAAUCAAUUUGGAGAGGGCAGUAGGUCAGCUGGAGCACUUCAGAAGUCAAGUCAUCAAGGCCACCUAUGGACGGGCAAAGCCAUUCCCAGACAAGCCCGUCACCGACCAACAGUUAAUAGAGAAAAUUGCCCAGGUCACUGAGGACAACAUCAAUUUUCAGCAGAAAAAGUGGACCCUACAGAAAGAAACCCAGCUGAGCAACUCCAAGCAGGAGGAGACCACCGAGAACAUCGAGAAGCUGAGGACGUCGCUGGACAGCUGCCAGGCUUGCAUGAAAAUGUCCUGUUGCACCAGUGACCUGAAGAAGGAGGUCGACCUUCUUCAGCACCUCCAGGUGAGCCCACCUGUCUCGGGGCUCCAGAAGGUGGUGCUGGACAUCCUGAGGCACGCCCUGUCCUGGCUGGAGGAGGUGGAGCAGCUCCUCCGGGACCUUGGGAUCCUGCCCUCCAGCGCUGACAAAGGGUUCUCUUUGUAUCUGAUAUAUCUUCUGGAACAUUAUAAAAAACUUAUGAGCCAGACCCAGGAACUUCAGAUCAAGUUCAACAGUUCUCAAGAAACUCAGCAGUCUUUACUGCAAGAAAAGCUGCGGGAGCAUCUGGCAGAGAAGAAGCAGCUGAACGAGGAGAGGCUAGAGCAAGAGGAGAAGCUGAAAGCCAAAAUCAGGCAACUGACGGAAGAGAAGGCGGCUUUGGAGGAGCGCAUUACGCAAGAGAGAAACAGAGCGAACGAGACUUUGGAAGAAGAACGGAAGAGAAUGCAAGAGCUGGAGAGCCUCCUGGCCCAGCAGAAGAAGGCUUUGGCGGAAAGCAUUACCCAGGAGAAGAACAGAGUGAAGGAAGCAUUAGAGGAAGAGCAGACAAGAGUCCAAGAGCUGGAGAAACGCUUGGCCCGCCAGAAGGAGGUUUUGGAGAGCAGCAUAGCCCAUGAAAAAAGAAAAGCAAAGGAAGCCUUGGAGUCAGAAAAGAGAAAAGUUCAGGAUCUGGAGAACCACUUAACCCAACAGAAGGAGGUCUCAGAGAGCAGCAUUGCCUACGAGAAACGCAAAGCAAAGGAGGCCAUGGAGAAGGAAAAGAAAAAGGUGCAAGACCUGGAGAAUCGCUUAACCAAGCAGAAAGAGGAAUUAGAAUUAAAAGAGCAAAAAGAGGAUGUUUUAAGUAAUAAAUUAAGUGACGCACUAGCCAUGGUUGAAGAGACUCAGAAAACAAAGGCAACUGAAAGUCUAAAAGCAGAGAGCCUCGCCUUGAAAUUAAAUGAAACAUUAGCUGAACUGGAAACUACCAAGACAAAAAUGAUCUUGAUGGAAGAGCGGCUAAUCCUGCAGCAGAAGAUGGUAAAGGCCGUCCAGGAUGAGCAGGAAUCACAGAGACAUGGAUUUGAAGAAGAGAUCAUGGAAUAUAAGGAGCAAAUCAAACAGCAUUCCCAGACGAUUGUGAGCCUCGAAGAGAAACUCCAGAAAGUCAGUCAGCACCAUAAAAAAAUAGAAGGCGAGAUUGCAACAUUGAAGGACAAUGACCCGGCCCAAAAGGAGGAAAGGCCGCAAGACCCUCUGGUGGCUCCCACGACGGACAGCAGUGCCAAAGACAUGGCGUAUGAACACCUGAUAGAUGACUUAUUGGCUGCUCAGAAGGAAAUCCUGUCUCAGCAGGAGGUCAUCAUGAAGUUAAGGAAAGACCUUACAGAAGCCCACAGCAGAAUGUCGGAUUUGAGAGGGGAGCUAAACGAGAAGCAGAAGAUGGAACUGGAACGGAACGUGGCGCUGGUCCAGCAGCAAAGCAAGGAGCUGAGUGUGCUCAAGGAGAAGAUGGCCCAGAUGAGCAGUCUGGUGGAAAAGAAAGACCGGGAGCUGAAGGCCCUCAAGGAGGCACUCAGGGCGUCCCAGGAGAAACACAGACUCCAGCUGAACACAGAGAAGGAACAGAAGUCCCGGAAGAAGACCCAGACGUGUGACACCUCUGUGCAGAUAGAACCCGUCCACACUGAGGCCUUCUCCAGCAGCCAAGAGGAGCAAUCCUUCAGCGAUCUAGGGGUCAAGUGCAAAGGGUCCCGGCACGAGGAGGUCAUUCAGCGUCAGAAAAAGGCCUUAUCUGAACUUCGAGCGCGAAUUAAAGAACUAGAGAAGGCGCACGCACCAGAUCAUAAAGACCACCAGAAUGAAUCCUUUCUAGAUUUAAAGAACCUCAGAAUGAAAAGCAAUAUCCAGAAAAUACUAUUGGAUGCAAAACCAGAUUUGCCAACUCUCUCAAGAAUAGAGAUUCUAGCGCCUCAGAAUGGCCUUUGCAACGCAAGGUUCAGCUCAGCCAUGGAGAAGUCAGGGAAGAUGGAUGUGGCUGAGGCUUUAGAGCUCAGUGAAAAGCUGUAUCUGGAUAUGAGCAAAACCCUUGGAAGUCUGAUGAACAUCAAGGACAUGUCCGGCCACGUGUCCAUGAAAUACCUCUCCCGCCAGGAGAGGGACAAGGUCAACCAGCUUCGACAAAGGGACCUCGACCUGGUAUUUGAUAAGAUCACCCAGCUCAAGAACCAACUGGAGAGGAAAGAGGAGCUGUUGAGAGGAUACGAAAAGGACGUUGAACAGCUCAGGCGGAGCAAAGUGUCCGUUGAGAUGUACCAGUCGCAGGUGGCAAAGCUGGAGGAUGAUAUCUACAAAGAGGCCGAAGAAAAGGCCCUGCUGAAGGAGGCCCUGGAACGCAUGGAGCAGCAGCUGUGCCAGGAGAAGAGGAUCAACAGGGCCAUCCAGCAGCAGAAGGAAAGUGUAGAGGAGCACGAACCGAAAAACGCAAAAGAACCGACACCUUGCAACUGUGCCUUCAAAGAGAAAGAGAAGCAGAGACGAGUAUUUGUAAAGAUGGUGAAGAACAGGAUGCAGAACUCAAAUUCCCAGUUUGGCACCAGGAAAGCCUCCCUAAAGAUGGACCAAGAAAGAGAGAUGCUGAGAAAAGAGGCCCCAGAAAAGUCCAGCCAGAGCCUUUUGCAUUCUAAGCCCAGCGGGAAGUACUAGAGAAACCUCGUCCCACCAGGCCUCCGGUGUGAUCCUGUGUGAGUUCGUGUGACUCUUCUGUGUCAUCUGUGUCAAAAUACUGAGUUGCUUUUGUAGGACUUUAAAGGUUGUUACCCUA